AUGCGUCUAUCUAAAAUCUUGAUGACGCUAAUUGCGUCUUUCCUGGUUGCCAACGAGUCGUUUUCUUUCGCCACUUCCGGUCAGGGCUUCACCCCAAUCGAACCAUGUCAGCGCUCACUGCGUGCUCGUCAAUCGACUACUAAAGAUAGCGAAGAUUCCGAAGCAAGAACUCUGGACAACAAAACCAUGAUGGAGAUGAUGACAAAACUGAUAACGAAGGAAGAGCAUGCUGCCGAUUUGGGUAUUUUGGACGAUAUCAUGAAGCUCACCACGACGAAUGGAGGCGGAUUGACGCAAUUCAUGAAGACUGUUGCGUACAAAAAGCACAUUGCCUACGUAGACUUCUUGAACACUAUGAAGCGUAAGAAAGAAUAUGCGGAGUUGGUGGCAAAAAUCAAAGAAAAAAGCAAAAAGAUGCAGGGCAUCCUAGCGGAAUAG